AUGGCUUCUCUCGCCUUCAAUUCCGUCGCCACCACCAAAUCCGGCGUCCGCCACCAACUGGCGCAUCUCCGUGUAAGAGCUCAGGUGGAGAGUACUGAGCAAGCUGGAGUUGAUGUGGAAGCUCCUGUUGUGGUUAUUACAGGAGCUUCUAGAGGAAUUGGGAGGGCUGUUGCUUUAGCUUUGGGAAAAGCUGGUUGCAAGGUCCUAGUGAAAUAUGCGAGAUCUUCAAAGGGGGCAGAAGAAGUUUCCAAAGAGAUUGAAUCAUGUGGUGGCCAAGCUAUGACUUUUGGUGGUGAUGUUUCAAAAGAAGAAGAUGUAGAAUCAAUGAUGACAACUGUGUAACACGUGAUACUUUGUUGAUGAGAAUGAAGAAAUCUCAGUGGCAGGAGGUUAUUGAUUUGAAUCUUACUGGAGUAUUCCUUUG